AUGAACUUAGCUCUAAUCUCUGGUGGUGGAAUCUCAAAGAUACGGCGUCCUUCAAUUAGGAUGUGCAAUAUGACUGAUGAUCUCAAGAAUCAAACAAUGGGAACAAUCUGUGGAGAGUGUUCUGCUGAAGACAAGCAAACGUUUACAAAAUGGGCCCAAUGCCCCCAUGAGGGAGUCACGAAGGCAUUGUUUGUAAGCUCAGACACAAAAGGUUUUUGCUAUAUGGCAGGUUGUAACGACAUGGCUGUUAUAGACGAUACAAGGGAAGAUGCUUACCGGGCAACUCUAAUCGAGAUGUAUGAUGAGAAGGAAGAAGAGCUACUGCUUUCAAAUGAAUGUACA